AUGUCUUCCCCCAAAGUCCUCAUCAUCGGGUGCGGCGUGGCCGGGCCCGUCGUGGCAUGCUUUCUAAAGCAAAAGGGCUAUGAACCCAUCGUUUUCGAACGAAUAGAAUCACCGGGCGACGUGGGCGCCUCGUUGAUGAUCUGCCCCAACGGCCUCAAGGUCCUCGAGCGCGUCGGGCCCAUCCCCGACAAGCUGUUGGAGAACGGGCCGCCGGUCCUCGAGCUGUGCGACCACAAGGCUUCGGGCGAGGUUCUCGGCGGCUCCGACAUCCCGACCGCGUUCGCCAAGCGGUACGGCCAGCCUGCCGUCGGGGUCAAGCGGACCUUGAUCACCUCGUGGCUCAGGGACAUGGCGGAGGAGAAGGGCAUCGAGCUGAGGAUGGGCUGGGCGCUCGAGAGGAUUGAAGAGUCCAACGAUUCCAUCACGGCUUUCUUCGAGGGAGGAAAAUCCGAGACCGGAUCGUUCCUCAUUGGCUGCGACGGGCUGAAGGCCACGACCAGAAAACUGCUCCUUGCGCGAGCCGGCCUGCAGGACGGACUGCCUUCGUUUACAGGUUUGACACAGACCGCUGGGGUUUCGCCGACCCCAGAUGCUUUCCGUGGACGUCCCGGGGCGAGGAACUGGUAUGGCGAGCUGAGCCAUGUCAUCUGCUACGACAUGACCCACGACAAGACGUCGUGGGCCCUGACGCUACCUGGUGAAGCCGUCGAGGAGGCGUCAUGGGGUUUGUUCGAUGACGAGCAGAGAGCGGCAGCCAAGAAGGCCAUCUCGAUCACGUUGGCGGCCAAGGGAUGGGAUCCGGUGGUGCUGGGCUUGGUCAACUCGGCCGAGCGCCUGAUCAAGUACGGCAUCUACGACCGCCCGGAGCUCAGCCCGGAACAGUGGUACUCGGGACGAUGCGUCAUGAUCGGGGACGCCGUCCAUCCCACGAGCGUCCAUCUCGGUCAGGGCGCCAACCAGUCAUGCGAGGACUGCUACUAUCUCGCAGAGGCGAUCCCAGACUUCGACCACACCAAGCCGCUCUCGACGGAGCAGCUGUCAUCGAUAUUCAAGUCCUUCGCGGAAAAGCAGCAGCCGCACACGUCCGUCUUGGUCAACGGCGCGAGGGCGCUCGGCCGUGCUCGCGUGGCACCGCCCGAAGCUUGUGUCCAGCGCGACGCGGCAAUUUCCCAGGCCAUGGCUGAUCGAGCGGGACUUCAGGCAAAGUUCGACUUUACCUACUCGAGACCGUUUCAAAGACCCUCAUAA